CUGGAGCCUUAUGUUUGAGAAUAUCACAGCUGGCUCCAGUGACGGGACUGUGGCCCCACUACACAGUAAUUGUAACGCAAUAUUUGAUGAGUUGGAAAACAAACAAGAAUUAUAAAUAUGUUGUGUUGAAAAUACAGGUAAGAUGUGAAAUUUAUUUCCAUUAUUUUUAGAAAAUUUUUUAGAUAUAUUUGCGUUUUUUUACCAUUUAAAAUGCGAUUGAAAAGAAAAGCCUUGGCUUACUUUGUGCCCUAUAUUUAAAAUGGCGGCGUGAUUAAUUAAUUAUAAAAAAUUGACCUAAAAAUUUAAACACUCAGAGGCGGUACUGGGUUGGUGUCAACCGGUGCGGGAAACUCAGGUGCCACUCCCUCCUCCCACCCUCACUCUGUUCUUGUGGCACUCUUUUCUAAUAGCAACUCUGAUCUAGUGGCACUCUGGCCUGGUACCACUCUGCUUUUGUAGUUCUUGUGGCACGCUGGUCUUGUGUCAUUCUGCUUUAGUAGCCAUCUGUUCUUGUGGCACUCUGUUUUGGUAGCAAUCUGCUCUAGUUGCACUCUGUUUGGUAGCAAUCUCUUCUAGAGGCACUCUGUUUGGUAGCAAUCUGUUUGAGUGGCAUUCUGUUCGAGUGGCACUCUGUUUGGUAGCAAUCUUUUCUUGUGUCUUUCUGUUUUUGUUUGUUUUUUUGUUUUUUUGACAUCCUGUUCUGGAAUCAAUCUUUCUGUUGGAACUCAGUUUCGGUAUGUCCCUUAGAUUGGUUAUGAAAUCCACUCGAGCCAUGUCAAAUUUGCUUUUUGCCCUUUGUGUAUCACCCCUCCCUUUUCUUAUAGGACGUCUCCCGCUGUGGCUAGUCUCCUCUAGGGAAUUCCCUUUAAACAAUUAAAUUAAAUUCCUUGUAAGUGUUAAUCUUAUUGCAUAUUAAUUUUUAAAUGUUAAUAAGUUUAACACAAAACAACACAAAAAAAACAAAAAAAAAACGACCUAAUAAUUGAGGUGAACUGAAUUUAAGUAUAUAUGAGAAUGAAAGGGACUUGUGUCUCAGAUCUUAACCUUGACCUGGACAAGGAUACAAAAAUAUUUUUUGCAUAUUUUUCCAUUUUAACUUAAUGAAAUGCGCCUUUUAUCAAUGAAACAUUUAAAAAUAUUUUUUAUAAAACUUUAAAGUCGAACCCUUAUUUAUUUUAUAGUGUUUUUAAUUAGAAUGUGUUGUUAUUUUAAAAUGCUGGUUAACCUUAACAGAUGAGGGCAAUGGUUUGAAUGUAACGCUCAACAUAUAUGAAUUUCUUGUUUCGGUUUUUAAAGGAACAAAAAGAAAACAAUUGAUUCAGAUAAGUAUAAUUUUAACAUUUUAAAUUUUAUUAUCAGGUACGCAAUGGUGCUCUCCAAAGAUAUUGAUCUCCUGAUCAUUGGAAAAACGGGAUAUGGAAAAAGUGCUCUGGGAAACGCAAUACUUGGAAGAAAUGCUUUUCUCAGUAGCAGCUCACAAAACUCUGUGACGCAUAAAGUCGCUUAUGAAGUGAGAGAUUACCAUGGUAGGAUCAUUAAAGUUGUUGAUUGCCCCGGCGUAGGAGAUACCCGCUUGAACGAUCAGCGGUCGCUGAAUCACGUGAUGACAGCCAUGGAGUUCGCCAUUUCAGCCAAUCCGCGCGGGUAUCACGCGUUCCUCCUGGUCACCAAAUAUGGAGGAAGGUUCACGGCAGAGGAUCAGGAUACCAUCACAUUUUUAAAGCGAAUUUUUGGCGAUACAUUUGUUCAACAAUUUUGUAUUUUAGUGGUCACCGGUGGGGACAAUUUCGAAAGUGAAGAACACAAAAUCACAUUCGUCGAGUGGUGUGAUGAGCAAACUGGUGUCUUUAAGGAACUGCUGGCAGAAUGUCGAAGGAGAAUCGUUUUAUUUGACAACAGGACGAAAGAUGAAGCGAAGAAAGAGCAGCAACUCUUAGCUCUUAUUGAAAUGGUGGACGACUUGCGAUGGAGAGAUCUUCGUUACACCGAUGUGAAUUUCCAGAAGGCCAGAGAAGCUCAAGAGAAGUUCAUGAUCGAAGCCAAGGAACCACUGGUACGUGAGGAAACAAUGAAUGAAAUUAGUUUGAUUAUACAGAAAAUGCGGUGGAUACAAGAAAGUGCUGAACCCGAAGAUCGAAAAUCUCAUCUUGAUAUUCUAAGCAGUCGAGCGAAAGUUUUGAUUGAAGACGUUCGUGAACAAGACAAAGAAACUGGCGCUCUCCACGAUAUCAUAGAAACAGUAAAAAACAUUCAGGAUAAUCUAGUUAUUGAAAUUAAGAUUUCAGAAAGGCUUUUCCAAGAAAGUGAGAAGAUGAAAAAGAAUGAGGAGGAGAGAAGCAGACUUUUCGCAGAAGAACUGCAACGACAGAGAGAAGAUUUUGAGCGUCGUCUUAACGAAGAAAAGAUAGAGGGUGAACGUAAGAAACAACUCCUAGAGGAAGAGGAAAAGAAAUGGAAAGCCUUGAGCGAGAAAAUGAGCAAAGAGAGGGAUAUCCGAGAGAUGCAAUAUCAGAAAGCCUUAGACGAGGAGCGUAAAAAACAAAGAAAACAGUUGGAAGAUAUAGAGACAAAAUAUCGGGCAGCCAAGCAAAAGAAUGACGAUGGUCUUCUCGCGUCAAUCGUCGGUUUUUUCACGUGGCCUCUUAGGAAACGCCACAGAAAUGUUGACCAAUAAGCGCUGCUGUAUCACUAUGUUUAUAUGAGAAUACAGAUUUAUUUGUCCUUUUUUGCAUUUAUUUUUUUUUAUAGAUGGACUAAAAUACAAAGUCUAAUUGAAAAACAAAUGUUUCAAUCAACUACAAAGUUGGCCUGUAUAAAGAUUUAUAUUUUUGAAAAUUCUAAA